CCAAAGAAAAAAACAGUUGCUCACGAGUAGCCGGCCGCAACAGAAGAUGAAGUUUAAACUUUUCGUAUUGGGUUCGAUUUUAUUCGUCUUAUAUAGUAUUUGGUGUGGAAAUAGGAAUAAAGAUCCAUUGAUUGUGGAAAUUGAAAAUGGGCGUCUGAGGGGUAAAGAUAAUGGCUUCUACUAUAGCUAUGAAUCCAUACCCUAUGCUGAGGCACCCACAGGAUCAUUGAGGUUUGAGGCCCCUCAGCCAUAUAACCACAAAUGGGAAGCAGAAUUUGAUGCCAGUGUGAAACCCAAACCCUGCAUGCAAUGGGAUCAGUUUCAGGAGGGCGAAAACAAACUAACCGGUGUUGAAGAUUGUCUCACAGUCAAUGUCUACAAACCAAAGACAGGCAAGGAAAGCUACCCGGUAAUGGUUUACAUUCACGGUGGCUGUUUUAUGUUUGGCGAUGUGAAUUUCUAUGAACCCGAUUAUUUGAUGCGUAAUGGCAACAUGAUCUUGGUCAAGGUGGUUUAUCGCCUGGGACCCCUUGGCUUCAUGAGCACCGAAGAUGAAGCCAUUACAGGAAACUUCGGCUUAAAAGAUCAACAAUUGGCAUUGAAAUGGAUUCAAAAAAAUAUUGCCAAUUUUGGUGGAGAUCCGAGCAAGGUUAUGUUGACUGGCUUUUCGGCAGGUGGUGCCUCGACACAUUAUCAUGUGCUCAAUCAGGAAACCAAAAAUUUGGCCAAAACUGCAGUGUCAUUUAGUGGUGUUGCCCUAAAUCCCUGGGCAUUUAGCACAUCUGCACGGCAAAGUGCUUUCAAGGUGGCCAAGAUUUUGAAAUGUCCCAAUUUGGAAAAUACCCAGGAAAUUAAGAAAUGUCUGCAAGCCAAGCCAGCUGGGGAUAUUGUGAGCUCGGUAAAAUAUCUACUGAAUUUUGGCUAUAAUCCCUUCUCCACCUUUGGCCCCGUUGUUGAGCACCCUAAGGCUAAAAAUGCUUUCUUGAGCAAACAUCCAAGGGAUAUCAUUAAAUCGGGACAAUACACUCACAUCCCCUAUUUGUUCACCUAUACCUCCGAAGAUGGUGGCUACAAUGCUGCGGAGUUACUUCAAAUGAAUCCAAAGACAGGCAAGGAGUAUAUCUACGAUUUGAAUGAGAAAUGGUUGGAUUUGGCACCACCAAAUCUCUUUUUGCGUAGCAUCACUGACCAACCCGUGGAAUAUGCCAAGGAAUUGCGCCGCAAAUACAUGGGAGAUUUGAGUUUUUCGGUGGAAAAUUAUUGGCAGGUUCAAGAGAUUUAUACGGAUAUUUUGUUUAAAGAUGGCCUAUUGGAAUCAAUGAAAUUGCAUAGUGAAAAAUCGGAUAGUCCCAUCUAUGGUUAUGUCUAUGACAAUCCGGCGGAUUAUAGUUUGGGAUAUGCUCUGACAGGAAAGAAGGAUUUCAAAUAUGGCACCAAUCAUUUAGACGACUUAUCCCUAAUCUUCCACUAUCCGGUGCGUAGUCCACCCCGUCCCGAUGAGGUUAUCAUUUCCAAGAAAUUCCUAGAAAUGUUGGUCAACUUUGUUGAAACAGAACACCUAUCCUUUGGAGAUUGUGAAUUUUUGAAGAACAACAAGGACAGCAAACAACUGAAACUGAUGUCAAUUACCAAAGAUGAUUGUAAACCCAUUGUUGUCUAAGACGCCCACGUAUCUCAAAUAACUCAAAAUAAAUUAAAUUAGGAAAAAAAGA